GAGCUUCCUCAAACUGCCGCAUAGGCCGCGAGAAGCGUCGCCACCACCACUCCACCCACCAGAACCACCACACUCCAGCCCUAGACACCACCACUACCAACUCCACACUCCUUCCGCAGCUUCCAUCAAUCGCCUCUUGCGCAUUCUCCGGAGAUGGCCGACCGAGACGUCACGUCGAUCGACAUGAAGGACGUGGAGCUGCGAGAGGAGGAGCAGCAGCAGGAGCAGCAGGAGGAGGAGGAUGAUGGCGAAGCUGAGAAAGUGCUCAUGAACACGCCGGUCGACGCGAACGGAGCGGCGGCCAAACUCGACGACGACGGCGGCGCCUCGCCCGCGGCUCGCUUCACGGGCCUCACCAAAGAGGAGCUUCUCAAAAUCUCGACGCAGCCCUUCUGGAUCCGCACCCGCCUCGCCCUGCUCGUGCUCUUCUGGCUGGGCUGGCUCGCCAUGCUCGCCGGCGCCGUCGCCAUCAUCGUGCAGGCUCCGCGGUGCAAGGCCGAGCCGCCGCGCGAGUGGUGGCGGCUGACGGCCGUCUACGACGUCUCCACGGCGGCGUUCGCCGACAAUAACGGGGCCGGCAAAGGGGACGUGCGGGGCGUGCAGAGCCGGCUGGAUUACCUCAAGCAGCUCAACGUGAGGGCGAUGGUGAUGCAGCUGAUUCCAGAGGACGCCGCCACGACCCGCCAGGAGGUGAACUUCACAAACGUGGACGUUCGCUACGGCCGGCUGGACGAACUCCAGAAGCUGAUGACGGAGGCUCGGAGGAAAGACAUCAAGAUCAUACUCGACAUGUUCCCUGCCAAGUGGUUCAGCAACGGCACGAGUGGCACCACGAAGAUGCGCGAAGAGAUGAAGAAAGCCUUGAAGUUCUGGAUGGAGCAAGGCAUCGCGGGAUUCCGCAUCGGUGUGGAGGGCCUGGGUGAAAAGGAGGAGGUCAACGAUCUCUUUGAGGAGUGGCACAACGUGACGUCCACCUACAGCACCGAGGACAAGGAGCGUCGGGUGCUCAUCGCCGACGCUCGGCAGGAUUCGGAUCUGGCGGAGUAUCUGGUGGAGAACGGAAAUGCUGACCUGCCCGUUGUCUAUGACCUACGCAAGUUGUCUGCCAACUCCACGGAAACAGAUGUCCACAAUCUGGUCAAGUCCCUCAUCAUGAAGGCAGCCAACAAGUCCAUUGGAUUGGCGAUUGGAGGUCGCAACGGCUACUUGGCCACCAAGAAUCCGGGAUUGAACCGGGCCCUCGGUGUCCUGCUGCUUACCCUACCGGGCACGCCGUUCAUCUACUACGGCGACGAGAUCGGCUUGAGAGACUUCGAGGGUGCGGAAAUCCCAAUGCCGUGGAACGACUCCAGUGGAAUCGUCAACGUGAAGAGCCAGGAGACUCACAAGCACAACUCGACGUUGCUUCUCUACCGCAAUCUCGCAAAGCUCAAGUGGUCCGAGUCGGCGGCCAAGUUUGGCGACUUCAAUUUUACAUUGAUCGAGGGCGGCGUGUUCGCGUUCCAACUGGUGUGGGACCAGAGUCCUCGCCUCAUUAUCCUCUUCAACCUCGGGUCCACGCAGCAAACGCUGGACCUGGUGAAGGAGCACAAGCUCCCGCCGACGGCCAGCGUGGUGGGCAGCUCGACGCUCCACCGUUUGGGCGACGUGGACCUCUCCAAGCUACAGCUGGAGCCAAUGGAGGCACUGGUGCUCAAGUACAACUACGUGGCCUAAAGUCGAGCAUGGCCACGGUGUGAAGGGGGCUCUCGCCCCCAGUUAGCGGAGCCACUUGGCAGGCGAAUGAAAGGUGGUGGUGGUGUAGUUGCACUGGUAUGGGAACAAAUACAUUUCUUGUUGUGUUUGUUAGCAGUCCAGUUUGGAUCUCGCUGUAUUCCAUUGCGACAAGAUUUUACCAUUUUGCUUGAACCUCGAUUGCUUGAGAAAAUAAAUGUUACAAAGCCUAA